UUUUACAUUUUUUUGUAUCAAUGUGUAGAGCAUUAUCGAUUUAUUGUAGAAAUUUUUGGGGUUUUUGGCUAGCGAUAUGUAAAUUUGAGGUGAAAAAUGAAUGCAAGAUCUUAAAGUUUGAAUGGUUCCCUUGUGAGUCAGAGCCUAAUUUAAGAAUAUUUCUGUGGGUCAUCAAGACUAUUUAUCAGUGUUAUGAUAAAGAAAGGUUAUCAGUGAGUGUCCGCAAAUGUCAGUCCGCAAAUCUCACCACCAAAAAACCUCUUCACCUUUUUAAUUUUUUUUCCAAUUUUUUUAGAAUUUGUGCCUUAUCUCCAGAAUUGUCUGAUUUACUUGGAAAAAGUUAUAUGCGUCGUUCUGAAGUUGUUAAAGGUGUUUGGACUUAUCUAAAAUCAAAUAAUUUGCAAGAUCCGAAGAAAAAACAAUUUUAUUUUUUGGAUGAUCCUUUGAAAAGAAUUUUUGGUUCUUCGAAAACUAAAUUUAAGGCUUUUGGAAUGAUGGGGAUAUUAAAUAAGCAUGUUAAAGAUGUUGAAUUUCUGGACGUCGAAUCCCGUCGAAUUGCUGAAGCGGAAAUUGCAAAAAUUUUAGAUGAAGAAAAUAAAACAAAUAAAUCAGCAAUUCAUUCGGACAGUGGAGAGGAGGAUGAAGAGGGAGAGGAAGAAGAAGAAAUGGAGGGAGGAAAUGAUGGUGGCAAUAAAUUAUCCAAUAAAAGUGAUGACGUUUCCGAUGAGAAGAAAAUUGGUGUAAAAGCUUCUUCAAAAGCGUCAACAUCUUCGGAAGGGGAGGAGGAGGAAGAGGAGGAAUAA